AUGCGCCCAACAGCGAGUUACAAGCAUCGUCGUACGGACGUAACUAUUCGUGCCAUCAUGCCUUCUCUCAAAAGCACGGUGCUCGUCGUCUUGAGCGCGACAGCCAACCUUGUUGCCGCUUGGCCCACCGUGCCCAAGUAUGCCCAGCUUGUCAACCGCGCCGACCAAGUGUCCGAUGAGUACGACUACGUGAUUGUCGGUGGUGGUACCUCUGGUCUCACUGUGGGUGACCGCCUGACCGAGAACGGCAAGUACACUGUCCUCGUUAUCGAGGAAGGCGAGUUUCACGAUGUCACCGGCUUCGAUUUCUCGCGCAUGUAUAACAUCACCUCGCUACCCAGCCCUGCCCUGAACGACCGAAGCUUCUUCGUCGGCAUUGGUAAGGGUGUUGGUGGCAGCUCCCUCGUCAACGGCCAGGUAUGGCUGAGGGGCACGAUCCCCGAGUAUGACGCGUGGAGGACGCUUGGAGGCUCCAAGGCCAAGGACUGGGACUGGAACGGUCUCCUUCCUUACUUCAAGAAGGCUAUGACCCUCAACCCUCCCACCGACGAGCAAGUCGAAAACUACAAGAUCCUCUACGACCAGUCGUACUGGGGUGACGGCGAGAUUCAAGUCUCGUUUAGUGACGGUCCCGCCAGCGAGCAGACCAUGAUCCUCUACGAGGCCAUGUCCAAGGUCGACGGCAUGACCACACCCGUCGACUCCGGCUCCGGUCACGCCGGUCUCUACUGGUACCCCAUGGCCCAGGACAAUGUCAACUACAUGCGCUCCUAUGCCCGCACCGGCCACUGGGACGAUCUGACCCGCGCAAACUACCAGAUGAUCACCGGCUCCAAGGUGUCCAACAUCGUCUUUGGCCACGACAUGACCGCCACUGGCGUCACCUUCCGCACCGGCAGCGAUUCCGCCAUCCUCAUGCUGAGCGGUAUCGGCCCCGCCGACCACCUCGCCGAGGCCGGUAUCGACGCCAAGGUCAACCUGCCCGGUGUCGGCGCCAACUUCCAGGACCACAGCUACAUCCCUUUCAUCGGCUACGCUUGGGGUAUCCCUCCCAACGAUGAGGAGCCCUACUACGGUCCCGGCUCCGGUCCCGGUGCUCACCCCAACCUCGCCGCCAUGAUGGGCCUGCCCGUCAUCACCCCCGACAAGUACCAGGAGAUUGCCGCCAAGUACGCCGCCCAGGGCGCCGCCGACUUCCUCCCCUCCCACUAUACCGCCGAGCAGAUUGAGGGUUACCGCCAGCAGCAGCUCAUCUACGCCGAGCUCAUGGAGUCGGACAACGUCGUCUUCAACGAAAUGAUGCUUUCCGGCCCCGGCGGCUCCGUCCAGAACCUCCACCCUUGCUCCCGCGGCGACAUCCGCCUCAACACCCAGGAUCCCGAGUCCGAGGUCAUGGUCGAGAUUGUCAAGUUUAUGCGCCGCUUCAUGACCACCGGCGACCUCGCCCAAUACGCCGCCGUCGAGUUCCUCCCCGGCCCCGAGGUUGCCACCGACGAGGACCUCCUCGGCUGGGUCAAGGAAAACCUCAUCCCCUCCGUCUUCCAUCCCGUCGGCACCACCGCCAAGAUGCCCCGCAAGUGGGGUGGCGUCGUCGACGAGGACCUCUUCGUCUACGGCACCAAGAAGCUUCGCAUCAUUGACAGCGGUAUCCAGCCCACCCUCAUCGGCGCCACUACCUGCGAGACCGUCUACGCUGUCGCCGAGAAGAUUGCCGAGAAGAUUCUCGCCAAGGCCGGCCACGGUGCUAAGAAGAACUAA